CAAGCUUUCAGCGGUGUUUUGGUGGCGUCGUGUGCUGUGUCGGAAUAUCAAAUUAUCCCUUUUGUUGGCGGCUAUUUCUGUAUUUUGUGGAUUUAAUGUUUGCACCACGGCAAAAAGAGGGCUAAACCUUACGGAGUAACAGUUUGUGUUCUAAAUAGUCAAAUAAUUAUGGAUGUAUUUUAAUGGAGCAUGUCCGCCUUUAUGUGUGUGUAUUUGUUUGUGUGGUUGGUUGAAUGGCAAACAAACGGACUUUGAGGAUUUACAUGUGAUAUAAAUGUACAAAAGAUGUCGAGUCUUCCUCAAAACAACCUGAAGGAGCAUCUGGAGCGACACAACAAUGCUGCCCAGAACAAGCUGUCACUGCUCAAACCGAAGCCUGGGGGGUUUUGCUUCAAAAAGAAGUCUUCAUCAGGCGUCUCCAAAGUGGAAGUUCCUCAAAAGGUAACUGGUGCAAGUGUCUUAGCAAACAGGAGUGUCAAUAUUCCUCGCAACUUUGAAGUAACCAAAAAUCCUGUGACGUUUUCGCAAAAGCUGGAGAGAGUGGCACCGAAAGUCAACUUCUUCACAGCGCCCAGCAAACCGAAGACAAAUACAUUUAAUCCACUGGCAAACCCAUUCGCUUUGAACAAAACCCCUCUUGUCCAAUCUACCAUUAAGGCUUUACCCAAAUCUGCAGCCUUGCCUAAGGAUACAACUAAUGAUCAAACUGUGGAGUUAAAGCAUGAAGUUUCUCAACUCUCAUUCAAUGAAUGGGAUGACUUGGAUGAUUUUGAAACCCCAGUCAAGAGCAGAAUAGCAUCCCCAGUUGCAGGGACAUCUACGAAAAAGCCAAGUUUAUCAGACCAGAACACUCCCACUAGCUGCUCAUCUAAGUGCGAGGAGACUAGAGUAAAUGAGGAGUCACAGGCUACAGAAACCAUAACUGCCCCGAAGGACGUCCUGUCAGCUGCUAAUGGAGUCAGCACAGAGACUACAGAGAGAGAGCCAGAGGACUCACCCAUUAAAAAGUCUAAAAGACCUAAGAAAUCAGUCCAGCACAAGGCGUUACUCAGUGACACGGAAGAUGAGGAAAUAAUUCACUGCAUUUCACCAGAUACAAACCAGGAGAAUUUCAAAAGUGUGGCAGCUGCUGAAAAAGAUAAAUGGGCUGAGACGAAUGUCAUAGACAUUGAUGACUGUGAGGAAAACAACCAUUAUGAAAGUUUUGAGGAUUUCAUUCCCCCCUCCCCUAUUCCCGAGGAGAUCAGUCUCUUUGUCUCAGAUAAGGAGAAAAGUUCAUCUGAGCCUGUUACUCCUGCUAACAAAAAAGAAUCGCCUCAGUCUGCUUCAAGCCUGUCAGCCCCCUUGGAUCAAUCUGCCAAAGGAUUAAAAGGAGCUGAUGACGCCCUCUUUAGUGUUAUGGAAUCUAUCUGUUGUCUAGUGGACACUAUUCCUGAGCAUGAGCUCAUAGCGCUGACCUGUGGGACUGAGCUUUUACUACAGAGAGCACACAGGAAAAGGAUUCUUGCUAAUGGUGGAUCAUCUAGAGCGUCUCAGUCAGACUCAGCAGCAACCUCUGGUUUAUUAAACAGACCUCCGUUUGGAGUUACACCCUCUAAUCUGACAUCACUGACCCCAGUAACAUCAGGAAGGGGAGAAGGUGUCAAAACUGGCUUUUCUUUUCGCAAGUCCAUUGCCUCUGUCAUGUCUGUAGGUGAUGAGAGUGUUUUUGAGGAUUCUGACUGCAUUAUCAAUGGAAGCGAAACACCUGGUGGCACCUGGAAUCCUAACAGCUCCACAAAAAUAUCAGCUGGGAGGGAUACUUUAAACGGGUCAAGCCAAACUUUAAGCAAACCUCAGUCAAAGACUGAUAAAUGCUACUCAAGAUUGUCCUUCAAUGAGUCAAGCAAUCAGACUGACCUGUUUUAUUCCCCCAAGAGAGUGGAUUCAGGCAACAGAAAUGCUGACAGUAGUGUUGAGAUCAGCAUGGCAGGUUCCAGCUGUUCACGAACUGAAGCAGAGCCAGUUGAUGACUUUUUACUUGAUGACUUCGAUAUUGACGAUUUUGAUGAGAAUGAUAUUCCAGAUUAUUAUGAAGAACCUCCAAGUGUCUUGGAAUCAAGAGACAACUCUGGUGUAAAAACACCAUCCAUACGGGAGGGAGGAUCAUCAAAAUUUUUUGAGAGGAAGACAUUCACACCACCAGCACCAAAAUCUACCAAAACUACCAACCCAGAACCUUUGUACAGAAACCCAGCUCAUGACCGCUUCAGAGGCUUCAACUUUCCUCAUAGCCCAGAGAUGAUGAAGAUGUUCCAUAAGAAGUUUGGACUGCAUCAAUUCCGCUUUAAUCAGCUGGAGGCUAUUAAUGCCUCACUAUUAGGAGAAGACACAUUUGUAUUGAUGCCUACAGGUGGUGGUAAAAGUCUCUGUUAUCAGCUUCCUGCUUGUGUCUCUGCUGGGGUGACUGUAGUCAUAUCUCCUCUACGCUCUUUAAUAGUUGACCAGGUCCAAAAACUCACCACGUUAGAUAUCUGUGCAACUAGUUUGUCUGGGGACAAAAAAGAUAGUGAGGCUGCCCGGAUCUACAUGCAGCUCUCCAGGAAGGAUCCUGCCAUCAAACUGCUUUAUGCCACUCCUGAGAAGGUUUGUGCAAGUGGACGGAUGAUCAGUGCACUUCAGAAUCUGUAUGAAAGAGGUCUGCUGGAUCGCUUGGUCAUUGAUGAGGCCCACUGCGUCAGUCAGUGGGGUCAUGACUUCAGACCAGACUACAAGCGCUUGCACGAGCUCAGGCGGAUGUUUCCCAAUGUUCCCAUAAUGGCACUGACGGCCACAGCCACUCCAAGAGUUCAGAAAGACAUUCUUAACCAGCUGGCAAUGACACGUCCUCAGGUAUUUACUAUGAGCUUUAACAGGAAUAAUCUAAAAUACUCAGUUUUGCCAAAGAAGCCCAAGAAGGUUGAUGAGGAAUGCAUUCAGUGGAUCAAGAAAUAUUACCCACGUGACUCGGGGAUUGUGUACUGCUUGUCUCGUAAUGACUGCGACAAUCUGGCUGAGAGUCUACAGAGGGCAAGGAUCGCAGCACUGGCGUAUCAUGCUGGCCUGAGUGACAGUGACAGGGAAUAUGUCCAGAACAAAUGGAUCAACCAAGACGGCUGCCAGGUUAUGUGCGCCACCAUAGCAUUUGGCAUGGGAAUCGAUAAGCCUGAUGUGCGUUAUGUGAUCCAUGCAAGUCUGCCCAAAUCAGUAGAGGGUUAUUACCAGGAGUCAGGCAGAGCAGGGCGAGACGGAGAGAUUUCCCAUUGCGUCCUCUUCUAUUCCUACAGUGACGUUAUCCGCAUUAAAAGACUCAUUGCUAUGGAUAAAGAUGGCAACCAGCAAUCCAAAGCCACCCACAUCAAUAACCUGCACAGCAUGGUGCACUUCUGUGAGAAUGUGGCUGAAUGCAGAAGGAUCCAGCUGCUGGCUUACUUUGGGGAGCACACGUUUAACACGAGCUUCUGUAAAGAGCAUCCUGAGGUCAUCUGUGACAACUGUGCCAGACCAAACAAAUAUAAAUCCAGAAAUGUGACCGAUGACGUGAAGAAGAUUGCGAGGUUUGUGCAGGAGAACUGUGAGAAGGUUGGAAACCGAUACGGCAAAUCCGCCCAGCAGAACAGACUCACCCUCAACAUGCUGGUUGAAAUAUUUCUGGGCUCCAAAAGCGCUCGGAUCCAGUCCGGGAUGUUCGGAGUUGGAGCAGGUUAUUCCAAACACAACGCUGAGAGGCUCUUUAAGAAGCUGGUGCUAGAUAAUGUUCUGAUGGAGGAUCUGUACAUCACUAACAGUGGCCAGGCUGUGGCCUAUAUCUCUGCAGGCCCUAAAGCUAUGAGUGUACUGAAUGGUUGCAUGCAGGUUGAAUUUCAUGAGACCGAGAGUGCAUCCAGCAUCAGAAAGCACAAAGCGUCUGUGUGUGAGAACGUCUCUAAGAGAGAGGAGAUGGUGAAAAAGUGUCUGGGUGAACUCAAUGAUCUAUGCAAGAAGUUGGGCAAAGUCUUCGCCAUUCAUUACUACAACAUCUUCUCCACCGCUACACUCAAAAAGAUUGCUGAGACUCUCUCUGCUGAUCCGGAGGUUCUACUGCAGAUUGACGGUGUGACUGAAGACAAACUGGAGAAAUAUGGAGCCGAGUUUAUUGAACUGCUGCAGAAAUACUCUGAGUGGCAGCUACCUGCUGAAGCACAGGCUGAGAGUUCAGGCUGGAUCGACACAACCAGAGGCCAUCAAAAUGAUGAAGACGGCAAUGAUGAGGAUGAUGAUGGAGGAGGGGAUGUCACAUCGACAUAUUUCAGAAGCAACUCUGGACGAGGAGCCAAGAGAAAGCAAGGCUCUUACUCCAGAAAACCCAAAAGAAGAAAAGGCUCCAGUAGCCAAAACUCCUCCGCUAAAGGUGGAUACAGCAGUAACUGGUCUUCAUCACGAGGAGGAGGAAGAGGAAGUGGAUUCAGGGGUGGCAGUCGAGGAGCAGGCCGAGGCUCCAGAUCUGCUCCUUCAGUCCCAGCAGCAAAAAGGCCGGGCUUCAUGUCGUUACCCACACCACAGGCUGCUGCUCGUCCGUUCCUCAAACCAUCCUUCUCACACAUCUAGACAACAACAUGUUUCAACUGGAAACAUCAAGUACAUUCCCUUUGUUCAUAAUUGUCAUUUGAAUGCAUUUUAUAUAUGUGUAUUUUAAUAAAUGUUUAGUUUUGUGGACUUUUGUUUAAUUUUAUUUUUAUAUUGUUACAAACAUUUUAUGCAAAUGAUUCAUUUUAAAAUAUGAAAGCCAGUGCUUAUAUUGCAACUUUUUUAACAUGAAAACAAAAAUCGCCCCAUCACUACAGACUGCUAUAAAUGUGAAAGGGAGUAUAAUUUGAAGUAUCUUUUUGAUAAUAGUUUAGGGGGAAAUGCCAAAUAAACAGUGGUAUUUUAAUAAAAUACAUAUAAUAUGUAAUAAAAGGGUUCUGUUUAAUUCAGUCAAAAAAACUACUUCUAAGUAUUUAAAAUGUAUGACAAUAUAAAAUGACAUUAAACACUCACCGGCCACUUUAUUAGGUACACCUUACAAGUACUGGAUUGGACCCACUUUUGCCUUCAGAACUGACCUAAUCCUUCCUGGCAUAGAUUCAACAAGGUACUGGAAGCAUUCCUCAGAAAUGCCAUGAUAGCAUCAAGCAGUUGCUGCAGAUUUGUCGGCUGCACAUUCAUGAUGCGAAUCUCCCAUUCCACCACAUACCAAAGGUGCUCUAUUGGGUUGAGAUCUGGUGACUCUAGAGGCCAUUUGCGUACAGUAAACUCAUUGUCAUGUUCAAGAAACCAGUCUGAGAUGAUUCACUAUUUGUCAUGGCACUUUAUUCUGCUGGAAAUAGCCAUUAGAAGAUGGGUACACUGGUCAUAAAGGGAUGGACAUGGUCAGUAACAAUACUCCGUUUUGCUGUGGUGUUGACAUGAUGCUAAAUUGGUACUAAUGGGCCCAAAGUGUGCCAAUAAAUUAUCCCCCCACACCAUUACACCACCACCAGCAGCCUGAACUGUUGACACAAGGCAGGCUUUAUCUAUGCUUUCAUGUUGUUGACACCAAAUUCUGACUUAUCCGAAUGUUGCAGCAGAAAUCGAGAUUCAUCAGACCAGGCAACGUUUCCAAUCUUUUGUUGUUCAAUUUUGGUGAGCCUGUGCUCAUUGUAGCCUCAGUUUCCUGUUCUUAGCUGACAGGAGUGGCACCCGGUGUGGUCUUCUGCUGGUGUAGCCCAUCCGCCUCAAGGUUGGACGUGUUGUGCGUUCAGAGAUGCUCUUCUGCAUACCUCUGUUCUAACGAGUGGUUAUUUGGUCAUUCAAAAUCAUAUUUUGGCACAAUCUAUUUAUGUUGUUUAGAUGGGUGUUGGGAUGCAAGAAUUAAUAGUUCUCUUACACAGUGUGUCACAGCAGAUGAAAUAACAAACACCACAUCUGGGACACAGAUGCACUAACAUAAAAAUUACUUUCAUUUCAUUUUAUUUAUUUAAGGUCCUCUAUGCCAGACUCGGUUAUGACUUUCAUUACUCAAAGCACAGAAGCUCUUCCAUACACGCCUUUCAAACAUGGAUGUAUGAAAAAGAGACUAUGAUGUUGGCAAAUUCUUUUUCAGUAAGAUGUCACUGUCAGGUUUCAUUUUUUGGGUGGCAGGAUUACUAGUAUAAAACACACUGCUUAAGUAGCUGUUGUUUGUUUCUGGAAAUUGAGUAGAAAUAAAUACCGCAUAAGCUGACACAGUAACUGAGAAAAAUAUAGUUGUAUAUAGUGUAAUCUCAACCCAGGAUUAAUUAAAAUAACUUUGUCCAAUCCUAUCAGUUCAUUUGAUCAUGAAAAUGGUUCAUUCAUUCAAAAAGCCAUCAAACAAUGUGGUGACUUGGUGUUUAUUUUCAAACAAUGCAGGCGUAAACUCUAGAAGGGGUAAACUCUAGUUUCUCUUAGUGUUUCAUUUACAUCAAUUACAGAGAUAAAUGGUUCUCGAGGUCAUAAAAUUUAGAAUAAAUUAAGAUGUAUAAAUUUACUAAUAUUUUCCA